AUGGGUACGGUUUUGCCCGCAGAAGCCAUGGUACUCAAGCCUGGAUUUAAACCGCAGAGUCUUUCCCUCUCCGAAAUCAUCACCUCCGACAUCCUGCACAGCUUCCUCUACGGGCGGUGGAGGAGCGCGCUUGGGGAACACCUCGAGGAGAAGCACAAUGCCGUCUGCCCUAAAACCGCUUUCACCGCGGAGGUCCUGGCGCAGUCCUUCUCUGGAGAAGUCCAGAAGCUCUCGAGUUUGGUCCUGCCCAGCGAAGUCAUCAUCGCUCAGAGCUCCAUUCCUGGAGAAGGGCUUGGGAUCUUCUCCAAGGCAUGGAUCAAGGCCGGCACGGAGAUGGGACCGUUUACCGGCAGGGUGAUCUCUCCCCAGCACGUGGACCUGUUCAAGAAUAACAACCUCAUGUGGGAGGUGUUCAACGAUGACGGCACGGUGCGCUACUUCAUCGACGCCAGUCAGGCGGACCAUCGCAGCUGGAUGACGUACAUAAAGUGCGCUCGAAACGAGCAGGAGCAGAACCUGGAGGUGGUGCAGAUCGGCAGCAGCAUCUUCUACAAGGCUGUGGAGACGAUCCCCCCAGACCAGGAGCUGCUGGUGUGGUACGGAAACACCCACAACACUUUCCUGGGGAUCCCGGGAGUUCCCGGGACAGAGGAGGAGCUGCAGAAAAAGAGCAGGACAGCACAGGCACUUUCAUGUAACUCACACUCCUCUUCUCUCCCCCUCUCCACAGACGACUCCCACUCCAGCGACGGCUCUUCCUCCUCCCCCUCCUCCACCUCCUCCCCCUCCUCUUCAUCCUCGUCCUCCUCAUCCUCCUCGUCGUCGGCCAGCCGCAUGCGCUGCGUCAUCUGCCACCGGGGCUUCAACUCGCGCAGCAACCUGCGCUCGCACAUGCGCAUCCACACGCUGGACAAGCCCUUCGUCUGCCGCUUCUGCAACCGCCGCUUCAGCCAGAGCUCCACGCUGCGCAACCACGUGCGUCUGCACACGGGCGAGCGGCCCUACAAGUGCCACGUGUGCCAGAGCGCGUACUCGCAGCUGGCCGGCCUGCGCGCGCACCAGAAGAGCGCCCGGCACCGGCCCGCCCACACACCCCCUCCCGCCCCUGUGGCCCUCGUGACACACCCGGCCUCCCUGGCGCACCACCUGCCCGCCAUGGUGCUGUAA